AGAAUCAAAGCCACUCAGCAACGCUGGAAUCCAUUCAGGGGGGCCUGAGCCCCCUCAUCCCAAGCCAGGAGGGCUUUGGGGGGAGGGGUGUAGCCCCUGGUAGACUCAUUGUGUGGCCAAGAGGGUCAAGGGGUGCCAGGGAGGCAGGGGCUAGCCUCAUCGGGAGAGACACGAGUGUGGUUAUCUUUCCCCCGCUAGGAGGACUGAAAGACCAUCAUCAGGGUGGGACGUCUAGGCAGCCAAGCAAGUGGUUCAGGGGGAAGGGCAGAGUAGUGACUGGCAGCCAGGGCACCAUGGCCACCAUCCAGUCAGAGACUGACUGUUACGACAUCAUUGAGGUCCUGGGCAAGGGCACCUUCGGAGAGGUGGCUAAGGGCUGGCGUCGGAGUACAGGUGAGAUGGUGGCCAUCAAGAUCCUGAAGAAUGACGCGUACCGAAGCCGCAUCAUCAAGAAUGAGCUGAAGCUGCUAAGAUGUGUACGAGGCCUGGAUCCCGAUGAGGCCCACGUCAUCCGCUUUCUUGAGUUCUUCCACGAUGCCCUCAAGUUCUACUUGGUCUUUGAGCUCCUGGAGCAAAACCUUUUUGAGUUCCAGAAAGAGAACAACUUCGCACCUCUUCCUGCCCGGCACAUCCGCACUGUCACGCUGCAGGUGCUAAGAGCACUGGCCCGGCUCAAGGAGCUGGCCAUCAUCCACGCUGACCUCAAGCCUGAAAACAUCAUGUUAGUGGACCAGACCCGCUGCCCCUUCCGGGUAAAGGUGAUUGACUUCGGCUCGGCCAGCAUAUUCAGCGAGGUGCGCUAUGUGAAGGAGCCAUACAUCCAGUCCCGCUUCUACAGGGCCCCAGAGAUCCUGCUGGGGCUGCCCUUCUGUGAGAAGGUGGACGUGUGGUCUCUGGGCUGCGUCAUGGCCGAGCUCCACCUGGGCUGGCCUCUCUACCCGGGCAAUAACGAGUAUGACCAGGUGCGCUACAUCUGUGAGACGCAGGGCUUGCCCAAGCCCCACCUGCUGCACGCCGCCCGCAAGGCUCACCACUUCUUCAAGCGGAACCCCCACCCUGAUGCCACCAACCCCUGGCAGCUGAAGUCCUCCGCCGACUACCUGGCUGAGACCAAGGUUCGCCCACUGGAACGCCGCAAGUACAUGCUCAAGUCCUUGGACCAGAUUGAGACAGUGAAUGGUGGCGGGGCUGUGAAUCGGCUGAGCUUCCCAGACCGGGAGGCGCUGGCCGAGCAUGCCGACCUCAAGAGCAUGGUGGAGCUGAUCAAACGCAUGCUAACGUGGGAGUCUCACGAGCGCAUCAGCCCCAGCGCGGCCCUGCGCCACCCCUUCGUGUCCAUGCAGCAGCUGCGUAGCGCCCACGAGGCCACCCGCUACUACCAGCUGUCUCUCCGCGGCUGCCGUCUGUCCCUGCAGGUCGAUGGCAAACCGCCCCCGCCUGUCUUAGAGGAUGGGCCUCCCUACUACCGCCUGGCCGAGGAGGAGGACACCGCAGGCCUGGGGGGCAUGGCGGGCAUGGCGGGCAUGGCAGGCAGCGGGUCCUUCUUCAGGGAGGAGAAGGCUCCAGGAAUGCAGAGGGCCAUCGACCAGCUUGAUGACCUGAGUCUUCAGGAGGCCCGACGGGGGCUGUGGAGCGACACACGGUCCGACGCGGUCUCUGACAUGCUGGCCCCACUCAAAGUAGCGAAUACCGGCCAUCGAGUCCCCGAUUCAGGCCCGGAGCCUAUCCUGGCUUUCUAUGGCAGCCGCUUGACCGGCCGCCACAAGGCCCGCAAGGCUCCCGCGGGCUCCAAAUCUGACUCCAAUUUCAGUAACCUUAUCCGGCUAAGUCAGGCCUCCCCAGAGGAUGCUGUGUCCUGUCGGGGCAGUGGCUGGGAGGAAGGAGAAGGCCGUGGGGCCUCCACAGAGCCAUCUAUCAUCUCACAACGGGAAGGAGAUGGGCCCAGCAUCAAAGACAGGACCAUGGACACUGAGAGGUCAGGCCCUGAGCUCUUCGAUCCAAGCAGCUGUCCUGGAGAGUGGCUGAAUGAGCCAGAAUGGACCCUAGAGGGCAUCCGGGGGUCUCGAGCUCAAGGGCUCCCCGCCCGCCAUCCCCACCCACAUGGGCCACCCAGGACCACCAGUUUUCUGCAGCAUGUUGGAGGGCACCACUGAUGGGGACCCCAUCCCGAUUGUUUUCUGGGGUCUGAGCUAGCUGGGCUGGCAUUCCCUCUUGCUUUGAAAUGGCUCCUUAGAGCCAUCCUUUGAACCCACAGAUUAUUCUUACAGAAAAAUAGCUAUCCAGAAUAUUCCUAUUCCCUGCCCCUGGCAACAUGCCUAUAUCCCACCUUAAAUGUUGGAGGCCUUUAGUGUCUGGCCUGAGGCUCUGAGGCCAGUGAGUCAGGAAGAGGACUACACCUCACUGGCCAGGACCGUGCCUGGGCCCACUUGCCUCUGUGUAUUUCAAUAAAUAACUGUUCCAAACCCUGC